AUGUAUAUUAUUGGUCAUUUUUGCAUCAUUGGAGUAGCAGUGCCAAUAAAUCAAUUUCUCAAGGAAAUUGUUACAGCACUGUAUUCGAUCGAUUUUGAUAGACGUAUUGAUGUAAAAACUGAAUCGAAUCACAUCCCACUGCAAUCCAUCGACGUUAAUUUGUUUG